CCUAGAGUGAUUCUAAUGAACAUGUAUUUAUAGCCGAGAGAAGCAUGGCCGAUAAGAAGAGCAAGAAAGGAGCUGCCGCAGAAGGUCCAGUGACUCUAACCGGGGCAUUCUGCUUCCCUAAUGGCGACAAAUACAACGGUGAAUACACUAACGACGCCAAUGGGAUGUGCAGAAACGGCCAAGGUACACACACCUACGCUAAUGGUAAAGUAUACGUUGGAUCUUGGAAGGGCGACAAGAUUCACGGACAAGGAAGCCUUACUUUUCCUAAUGGAUCUAAAUAUGAGGGAACGUUUGUAGACAAUGCAUUUAACGGGGAGGGUGUGUACACGUGGGAGGAUUGUUCUAAGUUCAAGGGAAAAUUCUCGAACAACAAACUGGUCGGACAGGGAGAGUACACAGACACGAACAGCAGGAUUUGGGUGGGCAACUUCCAAGAGAAGGUCGCUAUUGGACUAGAAGUCAAGUUGGAGUGCUGAGUGCCUACAAAGCUUCAGUGCUUCUCAGGGAGAUCUGUUCAUAAAUACCUCUCAGACAAAUCAGGGUAUAAAAUAUGCAUCUCGGAUUAUUAGUAUCAUCGACAUUGUUUCAGUUAAUUGCUCCUUUUUGUACAGUAAUUUAUUAGCUUUGUAAUUUUUCACAUGUGUAAUGUGUACAGUGAAUUAUUCAUUCAUAUCAAGUUUUCUAUAUAACAAAAUAAAUAUUACUUUUGUUGAAAUUUUCGUUCCUAUUUUCACGAAAGCUACUAUUGCGCAUGAAAAUUAUAUUAAGAUAUUAUGAUUCACUCAGCCGAAUUUUUCAUCAGUAUUUAUUAUGUUAAUAUAUUGUAAAUAUCUAUACAGUUUCUAUCACAGUAGAAAA